GGGAAAGACAACAGGGCCACCGGGAGGCGGGCCCUCCUGCUGCUGGACACCCCGGACUGGCUGGCACAGCACGGGCUGCACAGCAAGGACCCCGAAGAGGGCUGCCCGGUCGAAUGCCUAAAGGACCCCGCUUGGCCCGAAAGGCUAGCUAUCGCAGUGCCUGGUGGCCGGGCCCCGCGGCGGGAGGACCAGGUGACUCGUAUCCGAACUCCACCCGGGGCUCCCAAAUAGCCCAGACUCUGGAAUGGGUUUAGGCCUCGGAGGGAGAUGACCUCGAUCUUGCGGAGCCCGCAGGCUCUCCAGCUCACUCUGGCCCUCAUCAAGCCUGAUGCAGUUGCUCACCCCCUGAUUCUGGAGGCUGUUCAUCAGCAGAUUCUGAGCAACAAGUUCCUUAUUGUGCGAAUGAGAGAACUUCUAUGGAGAAAGGAAGACUGCCAGAAGUUUUACCGAGAGCAUGAAGGACGUUUUUUCUAUCAGCGGCUGGUGGAGUUCAUGGCCAGUGGGCCGAUCCGAGCCUACAUCCUCGCCCACAAGGACGCCAUCCAGCUCUGGAGGACCGUGAUGGGACCCACCAGAGUGUUUCGAGCACGCCACGUGGCCCCAGAUUCAAUUCGUGGGAGUUUCGGCCUCACCGACACCCGUAACACAACCCACGGCUCAGACUCAGUGGUUUCAGCCAGUAGAGAGAUUGCAGCCUUCUUCCCCGAUUUCAGUGAACAGCACUGGUACGAGGAGGAGGAGCCCCAGUUGCGCUGUGGCCCUGUGCACUACAGUCCCGAGGGUGGCAUCCACUUUGCUGCUCCAGCAGGAGGCCCGGGGCCAGCCUGACACAGGCCUGUGAGUGUGUGAAGACUGGGGCAUCGCCCAACCGUCUCCACAGACCUCUGGUCCCAGAACAGUCUUUUAGGACCAGGGAGGCGAGGGCUGCUUGCGCCAUCUCUGCUGGGCACCGCCACCUGCAUGAGGGUUAAGCUCCUCACUGCCACCUCUUCUAGAAUCUACUAUCUACCUCUUCUCUGGAAUGUUCAUGGCUGGUUCAGAGGAAUGAUGGCUCAUCUUUGUCAGGGAACUGUUCUCAUUUUCAAGGAGAAGCUCGCCCAGCUGACUUGCCUGAAAAAUGCAGUGACUCUCUAUUAGUCACGUUUGGUCUGUUCUCCUUAAUAAAAGUCAAUAUGCUACUGAAUAAAGGCUGGGAGCGCUGCUCGGUGCUCUCUCUCUAACUGGA